AUGGCUGAAAACUCCCAACAAUUUGGAUUUAGAACGGGAAGAGCUAUUAUACAAGUCAAUGAGGAAACAAGGGCUGUCAUGCAAAAUUUGGGAAACCAAAUUACUCAAUUGGCUACCUGGUCCUCGCAACCAGAAGUAAAUCCAAAGGAGAAUGUCAGUGCAAUCAUGACUAGGAGUGGAAAAGAAAUGACUUCGAUCCCUCAGAAAGAGGGUGAGUUAGGCGAGAAAAAUGAAGAAGACAAUUUAUCCAAAGCAUCAAGCGGGGUAAAUUUCGAUUCACCUUUAUCUUUUCAAACUUACACUCCAUCACCUCCCUUUCCAAGCAGGUUAGCUAAGCCAAAAGCGGGUGAACAGGAAAAUGAGAUCUUGGAUACUUUUAGAAAGGAAUUAUGCACAAACAAAAGGAGAGUGAAAGAGAAAGACAAGGUAGUGGUAAGUGAAAAUCUAUCAGCCAUAUUACAAAAAAACAUGCCAGAAAAAUGCAAAGAUCCAGGGACACCAUUCAUGAAAACAGCUAGGACAAAGAUUGAUGUUGACGAAGGGACGCUCUCGGUAGAAUUUGAUAAAGAAAUUGUUAAAUUUAAUAUUUUUGAUGCUAUGAAAUAUCCCAAUGAUGAAUACUCACUUUGUCAAAUUGAUAUAAUUGAUUCAAUUGUGCAGGAUAAAUUUACCAAAGAUAAUGAUGAUCAUUUGCACAAAUUAGAUGAACAAUCUCUUGCUGAAGUUGAAGACGAAAUUGAUAAAGAAAAGAUGUUAAACUUUGAUGCUAAAAUUUCUACCACAAAUAAUAAAAUCAUACCUUCUAUUGUACAGGCACCAAAAUUGGAGUUGAAGGCUUUACCAGAUCACCUAAAAUAUGUGUAUUUAGGUGAAAUUGAAACAUUACCUGUCAUCAUUUCAAAAGAACUCACAGUGGAACAAGAAGAAAAGUUGAUUAAAACAUUGAAGGAGUACAAGGUAGUAAUUGGGUGGAGUUUAGCCGACAUCAAAGGUAUUCGCCCAUCAAUUUGCAUGCAUAGAAUUUUGUUGGAGGAUGAAACAAAACCGACGAGAGAACCACAAAGAAGGUUAAAUCCAACUAUGAAAGAGGUGGUAAUGAAAGAAAUACUAAAAUUGUUGGAAGCAGGUAUCAUCUAUCCAAUUUCUGACAGUAAAUGGGUAAGUCUGAUUCAUGUUGUACCAAAGAAAACUGGAAUCACUGUGGUAAGAAAUUGCAACAAUGAACUUGUGUCAAUGCGUGUACAAAAUGGUUGGAGGAUGUGUAUUGAUUUCAGAAAACUCAAUCAAGUUACUAGAAAAGAUUAUUUUCCUCUACCUUUCAUCGACCAAAUGAUUGAACGAUUAGCAGGCAAACCAUUUUUUUGUUUUCCUGAUGGAUUUUCAGGUUUUUAUCAAAUUCCUAUCGCACAAGAAGAUCAAGAAAAGACUACAUUCACUUGUUCAUAUGGGACAUAUGCUUAUAGACGAAUGUCAUUUGGUCUUUGUAAUGCCCCAGGAACAUUUCAAAGAUGCAUGAUGAGCAUUUUUUCUGAAUAUAUUGAAAAAUGCAUUGAAGUGUUUAUGGAUGACUUUACUGUGCAUGGAGAAUCAUUUGAUGAAUGA